GUUAAUUACUACUUCAUUACAAAUAGCCAAGCGGGUCGCUUCGUUUUCUCUAAUCAAUUUGAUUAACAGAGAAACAGAGAGAUGAAGAGAUCAUCAUCAUCAUCAUCAUCCUUAUACCAUUGGGUGAUGGUGAUGGUGGUGGCAUACACUUUGAUUAAUCUAGUAUCAGGAAAUGAUGAUGAAAUGAUAAUCGUUAAGUACGAUGAUCCGACACAAGUACUACUCCAGCAGCCUUACCGGACAGCUUUCCAUUUCCAGCCUCCUCAAAACUGGAUGAACGGUAAUUCAUUCAUGAUAUCUUCUGAUUAAUUCUCUCUAAUUACUACUAAUUUAAAGAAAAUUAUGUGUACUCCUUUAGUGCUCUUGAUGAUUUUUCGUCUUCUUGUUGUUCUGGGUUGCUGUCAAUUUGCUGGCUUCUGUGUGCAUUUGCUUCUUGAUGGCCAAAUCAUGAUGAUGGAAAUGGAAUUCUUUACUUCACUAUAGACCCAAAUGGGCCAAUGUAUUAUAAUGGAGUUUACCAUUUUUUCUAUCAACACAAUCCCCGGGAAGCACAAUUUGGCAGUGGUAAUCUAUCUUGGGGGCAUGCAGUCUCGUAUAAUCUGGUUGAUUGGGUUUAUCUUGAGCAUGCUCUUAAUCCCACUGAUCCUUUCGACAUCAAUGGUUGCUGGUCUGGUUCUGCAACAAUUCUUCCAGAUGGAACUCCUGCUAUUUUGUACACUGGAGUUGAUUCUCAGAGUCGGGAAGUGCAAAAUUUGGCCAUUGCCAAGAAUCCAUCUGAUCCCUACCUUAGAGAAUGGAUCAAAUCACAUCAUAAUCCUCUGAUGGUUCCAGUUGAUGGGAUCGGCACCAGGUUUUUCAGAGAUCCAACAACGGCGUGGCAGGGGCCGGAUGGUAAAUGGCGGGUGAUUAUUGGUAGCGAAAUUAAUGGUCAUGGGACAGCACUUCUCUAUCAGAGUGAUGACUUUGUAACAUGGAGUAAGAGCCCCAAACCUCUUCAUUUUUCGGAUGCAACAAAAAUGUGGGAGUGUCCUGAUUUCUAUCCUGUUAGUGUCAAUGGCACUAAUGGGCUUGAUACUUCUGUGAUGGAUACUAAUACUAAGCAUGUGCUGAAGGCAAGCAUUAACAUGGACAACUACAUGCGCGACAGCUAUGUGAUCGGAACAUAUGAACCAGAAACAGAUGAAUUUGUGGUUGAUGUUGAUUUCAAGGAUAAGAGUGUGGAUUUGAGAUAUGAUUAUGGGGUAUUCUAUGCCUCUAAAACAUUCUAUGAUAGUUUGAAGAGAAGGAGAGUAAUGUGGGGAUGGGUUCUGGAGGCAGAUAGUAAAUUGGAUGACAUAAACAAGGGAUGGGCUGGACUACAGUCAUUUCCUAGAUCUAUCUUGCUUGACGAAAGUGGAAAGCAAUUAACUCAGUGGCCUAUCAGAGAAAUUGAGAGCUUGCGCACAGAAGAAGUCAAUAUUCAGAACAAAGAGAUUGAAGGGGGAGCUGAAUUUGAGAUAACCGGCAUUACAGCUUCACAGGCUGACGUAGAGGUAUCGUUUCAUAUACCUAAUCUUGAUGAUGCGGAGCUACUGCUUCGUGAAUGGCGCGAUCCUGAGGCCCUUUGCAGGAUAAAGAAUGCAUCCGCUGGAGGCAAAAUUGGACCUUUCGGAUUGAUGGUUUUGGCCUCAGAUAACUUGGCUGAACACGCUGACAUUUUCUUUCGAAUAUACAAAGGCAAUGACAAACAUGUUGUGCUCAUGUGCAGUGAUCAAAGCAGAUCUUCAUUGAGAGAAGAGGUUGAAAAAACCACAUAUGGGGCCUUCAUUGAUGUUGAUCCUUCACAAAACCUUUCAUUGAGAAGUUUGGUCAGUGGCUCAUAGAUAGAAAAUAAAGUUCUGUCUUGCAGGAUUUAUAACAAACAUAAUUUUGUUCUUCUCCAUUCUUUUUUUCAGAUUGAUCACUCAAUCAUUGAAAGUUUUGGAGGUAGGGGGAAGACUUGCAUCACCGCCAGAGCUUAUCCGAAAGUGGCGGUUGGUAAUGCAGCCCGACUAUAUGCUUUCAACUAUGGGACUGAAAGCAUUGUAAUCUCAAGCUUAAGUGCUUGGAGCAUGAAGCCUGCUCAACUAUCUCCUCUACAUGAAAGAACAAAAUCCCAAAUUUGAUUAUCAUAUGCUCUUGGAUGUCUCUAUUUCCCAAAUUUUUUCACAAUUUUCAUGGCUCUUGAAUGUCAAAUACUUUUUUUCACAUUUCCCAUACAGUUUUUACAUCCCCAGUGACAAUAAAUGUUUCAAGUUUAAGUUCAAUUUCUGAUAAACAGACCUGAAAUGGUUUUCUGUUAUUAAAGAAACGAUUAGAGCACCGACAUUACUAGAUCAUGAAGCUCACACUUUGAUGCUAUCUAUUAUGUUUCAAAUCUAUACGAGUCAGGAAUAUAUAUAUAGACAAAUCAUAUGUAUGACGUUACUCUUUCGUAUUAAAAUAAGCAAGACGAUUUUUUUGGGACGGAGAGAUGUUCAUGUCAUUGCAAUCGGUGAAAUUCAAGUGAUCCUUGCUCUGAUCACUCAUCUUAUGUAUCAUGUAGUUGUGCUUUACAAUUGCUUCUUUUUUUUUCUUUUUUUUUUUGGCG